AUGAGUGAAGAUCAGAAGGGUGAGAUUAUUCGGAUGUUGGGGGUGCCAAUUGUGAUGUUCCAUGAAAGAUAUUUAGGACUACCUACAAUAGCAGGAAAAAAUAAGAAGGAAAUGUUUAAGAAGAUUAAUGAAAGAUUGGAGUCUCACUUGCAAGGAUGGCAAUCAAAGCUCUUGUCUAAAGCAGGGAAGACAGUUCUUAUUAAAGCUGUGGGGCAGCAAAGUGGCCAAGUACUGGUGGGGAAAAGGAGGAAACAAGAGGGGAAUACAUUGGUGUACCUAGGAGGUCCUAGAAACAAGAAGGCAGGAGCACUGGGAUUUAGAGAUCUCGAAUGCUUCAACCAAGCGCUGCUAGCAAAGACAGUGUGGAGGUUGGCUCUUCAUCCAGAGUCACUCGUUAGUCAACUCCUUACUGCUAAAUAUUUCCCUCAAAGUAAUUGGGCAGGGGCUAUGGUGGGAGAGAAACCUUCGUUCAUCUGGAGGAGUUUAUUAUGGGGACGGGACUUAUCUUGCACUGGUGUGAGAUGGCGUAUUGGUUCAGGUAACAGGGUUCGAAUUUGGGAGGACAAAUGGUUACCAAUGCCGUGGUCAUUCAAGAUUGCUACUCCUCGCUUUCUGCUAGCUAAUACCAUGGUGAAUUAUCUCAUGGACCAGGCUGGUGAAAGGAAUGUCAGGUAUGUGGAAGACAACUUUCUCCUUGUGGAUGUGGAAAAAAUUCUUUCCAUUCCACUUGGGGGUGGGAAUUCGGAGGAUGCAGCCAUUUGGCAUAUUUGUCCUAAUGGUCAUUAUACAGUAAAAUCUGGAUAUUGGCUUGGUAGGGAGAUUAAACAACUUGAUAUGGGAACAAGUAGUGUUGGAGCGGGGAGUGCUUCAAACUUCAAAAAUUAUUGGAGUCUCAUUUGGAGUAUGAAUAUUCCGAACAAAGUCAAACUCUUGUGGAAAGCUUGUCAUUCUUUCCUUCCCUGUGCUGAGCGUUUGUUUAAAAGCAAGAUUGUUUCCCAUCCGGGUUGUGGGAGGUGUGGGGGACCUAGAGAAACUGUGCUGUAUAGUCUAUGGGAGUGCCCUUCAGUUAAGAAGGUAUGGAAGCUUACUUGGUUGAGUGUAUAA